AUGGCGAAAAUGAGACCAUUCACGCCAGAGCUGCCGGUGGAUACAUGCCAUGUGAAGAGCAAGCCCAAGCCUCCGGAAUGCGAGGCAGCAGGGGGCGCAAGCGGCGAGGACGAAAACGGAGGUAACCAUGCAGCAAAUGGAAAAGAGACACCCGCUAGAAUCGAAAUCACUCUCAAUGGUCUAGAAUGGUUUGUGUAUAACCGAAGUCCUGCCUAUGAUUCGAUUCUCGCUGGGUUUGGAUUGGUGCCGCCUCCUGACGGGGCAAGCGCCUCGUCGGUAGCUGAAAAUGGAGAGAAUGUGCAACAUGAGGACUCAAGUCCCAAGGAAGAGAAUGUCGACGAGGUGGCCGCUUCAAGCCCUUCCGACCCCUUAACUCCCUCUUCUAGAAAAGAAAUAAAUUCACAAAAGCGGAGGACUUCAUCAAGCACCAGAAACUCUUCUAUACCUCAGCACAGGGAGAAUUCCACUGGGCCUCGCAUCUUUUCGUUUUUCCCAAUAUCCAUGAAUUGUUACAAGGGCGCAUUGGCUUUGGGGAACGAGAACACAAAAACCAUACUCACCUUGACGUUUGACAAGGCCGUCGGAAAAAUAGAUGCUGAAAGCUCUGGCCCUCUCGAUAUUUACAAACAAAUAUUUGAAUAUGACCUCUCCCACCCUGUCAUACAUAUGAAACCUAAUCCGGACUACAGACAAUCACAAUUGGCCGCAGUGCAUGAAAUGGAAACCCCAGAAGAAGAGGAGUCUAGAAACCGCGGAUACGUGCACAGCUUACAUAGACGGUAUCGUGAUCAUAGGCACCGAGUGUGGGCCAGUGUUCGCGAUUUGAUCCCCUACUUUCAACGAUCUGUAGAAUCAUUCCAUCCCAGACAUGAUGAAAGAGACAGACCUGUUUCUAGAGCGGUCCAUCAAGAUGGCUGGCUGGGCCUAACACGCUAUCUUGACGAGGAAGAGCAAGAUGAUUAUGAAGGAUGGAACUCAAUAGAGUAUGGUCGUUUCUCAACGCUACUAGACUCUCCUAGUAUGUAUUUUCGGUAUUAUUGGGACAUUGGGGGCCCUGUGGCAAUAUCGAGUGCAAAACCCGAUCCCCCGGAUAGGCUGACUCCCCAUAACAUCAACGGUGCAGAGGCCCCUGAGUGGGGAAUGGACCUAACCAUACGUGGCGGUCUGCUUAACUACGGGCCAUGGGCAGACCGUGAACGGAUCAAUCUCCAAAGUGUAUUUGUGCCAAAUUCAUACCGGGAUUCACACGUUACGCCUAUAUUAAAGCCUGGAGAAACAAGACAGAGCACAGCUUUCGUUUUGAAUAUCCUCAUUGAAGAAACUACAAUACUCCGCAUACCCACAAGAGAGGCCUCGAAGGAUUGGCAAUGGAGAGGCCGGGCAGACCGUUCACGAGGUGCUUCUCGAAUGAAGAAAAAGGACAAGGACCGCUCUCGAGGGAAUGAAGCCGAUAACCCAGGAACUCAAGGGCCAGAUAUUCGACCUUUUGGCUGGCUAUCUCUCAGAGCAGGGCCCGGGUCAACUAUCGUGUAUUCAAUGGCAAUGUUUGCGAGUAGACAUGGGUAUUGCAACAAAGUUGACAUUGACUUGCGCCAAACCAAAAUGACCACCAGCGUGAAUCAUGGUAUGUUGUGGCAAAGUGAUCGUCAGCUUAUCUCCUGUGAUCUCUCAAAUCCUCUUCGGUGGAAUAGCCUGCACAACUGGUCCGUUGACGUAGAGAGUACCAAUAUGGAACUGUUCUUACUAUGGGACCACCUAAUAUUACUUACCGACCUCAUCUCGGACUGGACAUUGGGACCUUUCCAGGAAUAUUAUACCUUCGUUCCGAUCAAAUAUCAGCUUUCCUUUGCCUUUCUUGAUUUCAAACUCAUGGUAAACGUGAAUGAUUUGAAUAUUAUAAACAAUCCCUCCGACUUUGAUGAUAAUUCGUUCUUGAUCAUCGAAGGAGAAAUAUUAACUGCUCGCGUGGAGAUCCCAGUUAUUCAUCACAGAGCUAGCCGUAAUAUCGCUACAUUCGAUAUUCAAGGCUCAAAUGGCGAUUUAAAACUCUCUACGCCCCUAUGGAAUACCCAGCGUACGUUUUUGGACGAUCGACCUGUCGGCGGGUUGGACACCCUAAAAAUUGAUGGAAGUUAUACAUGGCACAGUAUAACUUCACCAAAGGUGACAGAUGUUGCAAUUAUUAACUUAUCUGGUACUGCACCAUAUCUGUACCUUUACGGAUUUAUCCUGAAGCAAUUCCUUGAUGUCAAUGAAAACUACUUUGGUAGAACGAUUCAUUUCAAGACAUUCGAUGAACAUAGAGCUGCAGCCAAUUCGACAGCGACCCAGGGUAUUUAUGGCUCCAACCCUGCGCCACAUACCAAUGGGCUUGAUGUUAUUCUUCACAUUGCAGCCGAGGAUAUCAAAGUUCUCCUUCCCACUGGUCUAUACGACCGACAUGAGAGCCUUGCAUUAAAAGCAACAAGUCUAGACUUGGAUGUAAGAUUCACAAACUAUUACAUGGAUUUCCACUGCUCGCUAUCUCCCCUAGAAGUUUCUGUUCUGUCGGAGAAGCCAGGCGCCUCAGUUGUCCGGUCUGGACCCCAGCUCUAUAUAAAUGGGCUUGGUAUUUUUGGUCAUAGACUUUUUGGACUACCGCCAACUGAGCCUACAUAUGCCUGCAACUGGGAUUUUCAAGUGGGAUCUAUCGUGGGAGAAUGUUCUCCUUCAUUCAUAAAAUCUGCUAAAUCGGCGUUUGAAUCUCUAGCUUUCUCAUUCGACGAUGAUGAGAAUGCCUUGCCUCCCAUACAAACCGGUGUUUAUGAUGUUACUUUCCUGCGCGCAAAUGUGAAAUCUAUCAAAGUGUGGAUCUUAGCAGAAAAGUCUGCAUUUCUUUUCAGUACCGGGACAAUUGAUGUGGAGUUUAAUGACAGAUGUGGCUUGAAAAUGUCAUUAUUCGUCGAUGUUACUGUUCCCGACAUUGUUCUCGCAGUUGUCGAUCGGACGUCAGUGACCCCGGGAAGUGCAUCUCAAUCACCAGCUAAAACUUAUGCCUGCUUCCGUACUGCGGUUAAGCUUAGCACAUUGGGGAAAAGAGAAGACUUCGAUUAUUAUCGCUCUCUGCAACAAAAUCAUAUCAGGAGGCAUGACUCGAGGACCCACCGUACUCCAUGGCUUGUGUUUAACGAACUUGAAUUGGCCCCUGGAGAGAAUUUACAUCCCUCUUUUAUUCCUCCCACAAUGCCUGUUCCGUCGAUGCCCGAACCUAUUCAAUCUCCAGCAGACUCUAAAGCUAGCCAGGCACCACAUCACUCCCCUCUGAACGACGUUCCUGAUGCGACAACUAUUCCACUAACUUCUAGUUUAAAUCCUACCCCUGACCAAUAUGUUUCCCAAGGCCGCCGUGCUGGACAUUGCUCUACAACAUGGGCAAUGCCAAAAUUUUCAUUUUACCAUGUCCAACUUGAUGAGACAAAUGUUCCUCCAAUACCAUCCAAUUCUGAAGUUUUUAUCGGGCGGAAUCAGGCGCUGAAUGCUGGUUUUGGACGUUCUUAUGCUGACGAGUUUUUGGCUGGCGCUCAAGCAUGCAUCAAUUGCAGCAUGGCACCAGGUUUGUCUGGAUUCGCCUCCAUAGAAGCAGUACGCGCCGUGGCCUGCUUGCUAGACUCACUGCAGCCCCGAAAGCCCCUGGAGAUCCUGGAUGCAUUUCAAGCGAAGGUGACCAGUGCUGCACUUGCAGCGCAAAAGUCUGCUAUUAAGAGAAUAAAAAAGAUAUUUUCUUUAAAUAUUGAGCUUCCUUCGUGCCGUGUACGAUUUUUCAACACCCUGUUAAAGUCUGGCCGGCCCACCGGCCCUUUCAGGGACCAGUUCCACCUCGAUAUAUCGUAUAUUCGGGCUCUAAUUCGCGAAAAGGUUUCCUCUUUAGAUGCUGCAGACUUUGCGAAGCCCAAGACUUCUCUCACGGCUCACAUAGCAAUGCGCUCACUGAUGGCUACGGUUAGGGAAGAGAACGUGGAGACCCAUUCAGAUGUCAAAUUAUGCGUCUGCAAAGUAUUCGACACAACUUUCUGGUUUUUCGGGAGCAAAGAUAUAAGGUCUCGUCUCCAAGUUCAGAAUAUCAACCUGAUGUCAUCAAAUGAAUCGGUUACGAGGAUUGAGCCUGUGUUGAACCGAACAAUGAAAUUGGUGGAAUCUCUAUCAGCCACUUUCCAACGGAUUUUUGAGGCCCAUGAAGACCGACUUCUUUAUCUUAUCCAUUACCUCACAAAGGCCGGCGUAGACAUGCCAGAGCCGCACUUUAUGACACUUUUAUCCGACGCCUUGAGGGCCACAAAGCCACAUCUAAGACUCGAAGACGCUUGGAAGAUAAUAUCAAGGAUUCGAAAUAUAUACAAAUCAAUUACGCCCGAGCAACGGGGCCAACUUGAGAAAGAAUGCCAAAAGUCUGAUGUUUCCUACCCGGAGGAUGCUAAAGAUGCCAUAUUGUCGGUGUUUGAAACUUGGCGUGCCUGGGAAUUAGCCCCUAUCGAAAAAAAUCUCAUUAUCAAGGCUCUUUGGGGUGAAGUCGCCACAACUGACGAAACAGCCGGCCCCUUGAAAGCGAUUGAUGCUGCUAUAUAUCUUGGGUCAGUUCAUCUUUCAAUGGAUCAAACCCCGCGGCAUAAUGGCUUCCGUGUGGAGAAUAUGUCCACUACAAUCCGCUUUGGAGCUAAAAGUCAAGAUGCGUGGUCUUCAGCAAAGGAUGGACUGCUAGUUAUACAGAAUCACUGUUCUAAUGCAUAUUUGCAACUGAACUGGGAAUUAUGCCAGCUCAUUGAAAAGAUCCUGGAGAGCAAUGAUAACCUCGGCUCCAAGGCAACGACUCUUCAAAGAAAGGAAACGAGCAAAUCAAGAUACGAGGUUAAACCUGAACAUGAAAUCCAAUAUGAAACUCAUGUUCUUCUUAUCGCAGACAAAGGUUCUGUCUGGAUAGAUGGAAUCAACCUGGAGAUUGAAUUGGUAGGACGUGGGAUGAAAGCAUCCGCUAUUCACUUGCCAAGUACAACACUGGGUAAAGAAACAAUAAGCGCUAUGUUAGCUUCUAAAUUGUCCUCUGCUCGGGUUAUCAGUCACUCGAGCCCUCUGAUGGAAUGGGAAUUUCACAACCCAAACAUAUUCGUAUCUCGUCAGUCGCAAAAACGCAACGCGCUAUUGGAGCAUGACUGGAAAUGUGCUGCAACCUGUCGCCAGCUGAGAUAUGAAUUGACUGAAAACCCCCUUGAGCUUAUCCAUGUGGCUGACCGCGUGGUUGAAGACGAAGUCAGGCAAAUUCUCAAAAUGGUUUCUUCCUUGUCAGACGUUAAAUCAGAAGAAGGCCCUACUUCAGCAUCAUCUGGGGAGGAAAUCCAUUAUUUUCAUGUUGCGACAUUCCUUGAUGAUUACCAAAUCCGCAUUUCCCUUCUUCCAUCAGUUGCCUACACCAUUGAAGGAGAUGUAGCACGGUUAUCUGUCACACCUCUUGGUCGUAUGAAAUUUGAGGUGGAUUAUGACAUCAAGAAUAGUAUUCACAAAAUCUAUUCCAACAAAGAUGGAAGCCUACGCACUUUAUGUUCAACAGCAAUACCACCAAUCAAUGGGAGGGUGCGAUUGGAUAUGACCACUAACCCGAUUAUCGUAGAUGCAGACACCACCGUUGAGGUUCUGUAUCUAGACGUGAGUGCUGUGCAAAACCUCCUCGGUGCCCUUAAUGGGCCCGAGAUAUCGCAUUUCAUUGAUGACUUAAGCCAUGAUGGAAAGGCCUUGAAAUCACACUUCGAGCAGGUAUUAAUGAACGGCAGAGCUACUCAACCAAAAGAGAAGGCCAAAAAGAAAGGACCCGUAUAUCAAGUACGGCUCACGUUAGCUGGAAUCAAUACUCAUGCCUCUUCCCCUGGUUUACGAACCAGAGAUCACACUGCAGAUAUGAACAUUGAAUUUAAGUCUGUUCAGGUGCAUGUCGAAAAUUCUCCCAUUCAGGGAGUUCGCAACGCACGACCAGAAUUCAAUAUUAUCGUGGCCCAAAUUAGCGUCAAUGUUCAGAGGACAAGCAUGCAUGAUAGCUUUUCCUAUGGAAAAGUUGCCUUUGGUGCUCAAUUUUCCGGAUCUUUCAAGGAUUUGCCAGAUGGAAAAACCAUGCAAUUAUUUCACCUGAAAAGCUCUGGACUUGAGAUUGAUAUGUCUGCCGAAACGGCUUCGCUUGUACUUGACAUCGUCGCUCAUUUACAGGAAGGUAUAAAGACAAUUGACCUGUCUCAAGAUAUCGCACGCCUGAGAAAAAGCCGCAGGCUCUCAUUCCUUAGAAGAAAACAUAGAAAGAUAACCCAUACUGCCACUUCUCCCGCAGAACCUAGUGCCGGCGGCGAUAACAGUCAAGGGACUCCCGAUUUUCUGAAUGCGACAUACUCUGUUGAGCUUUCCAACAUUCAAAUUAGCUGGCUGGUUUUAGAAAAUACUUCCCCUGGCAAAAACCGGAAUCCCUCCAUUCGUCAUGACACCGGUGCGGAAGAUCUCGUUUUCUCCAUCCGUAAGGUUGAGCUUACGACGAAGGAGAUCAAUGCCGCCAGGCUGCGUAUCCAGCAAAUGCAGCUACAGAUGGUACCAGUAACCUACGACAAAAAGAAACGUUCCCAAAACUCCGCCUUACUUCCAGAGGCAGUGUUCAAUGUUUCAUUUGUGUCUGUCAAGUCUAAGUGGAAGUUGGCAUUGAACGCUGCUGGAAAAGCUCUUGAUUUGCAGGCUACAUCCGACUUUAUCAUUCCGGCUAGUCAUCUGCAAAAGUCAAUGGCAUCUGCCGUUGAAAGAGUCCGUGAAGCUAAGUCAUUAUGGACAACAGAAUUCCGUGAGAAUCCUAAAGUUGGGAAAGAAUCUCUCGGAUUUAAGCAAUUGGACUCUGUUUUCAUCGAUGCUAAUUUUGAUGGAGCAAUUGUCACACUGCAAGAAAGGCGUGAUGCUGGUGAUAGUACUCCACGUCCCCCAAGCAAUAGAAGCAGCAUUGGUUCGACUGAUUUCAGAUACGGACAAGCCUGGACUGGAGACGCUGUGUCCAAAGCAACGCUCCGAGCCCCUGGUGUGGCUUUGAAAAUCCGGUUCGAGGGCUCAGAAGCAGAUACUCCAAUCCUUGAAGCAGAGAUGAAGGUUGAAGCCUCUUCUAACGUACUUCAUCCAAGUGUGAUGCCUCUACUUACACGGAUUUCAUCAAGUAUACGAGAUGUCGUUGGCAGAGAAGAAAAGAGGGAUAGUCAAGUUACAAAAGCUGGUGCCGAAGAGCCAUCUGCAGGAAAAGAUGAAACAGACAAACCAGCUGUUGGAGGUGAAGAAACCGAAAAACCUCCUCAGGAUAAGUCCAUGGAUCCAACCACAAUCCUUGGUAGCUGCAAGUUGAGCAUUGGGCUCUGGAUCCGCAAACAAGAAUUCACAUUGAGUUGCCAGCCCAUUGCACGAGUGGAAGCUUCAGCUGGCUUUGAAGAUGUGAAUAUUACGGUCAACACGGUGCAGUCUGAGGAACAACGCCGUUUUUUUGCUGUGCUCAUAGCCUUCAACAAGUUACGGGCAUCAGUGAAACACGUCUACUCCAAUGACCCUACGGCGAGCUUUAACGUGGAUUCUAUAGUUGUAUCAAUGAUGAACAGCAAACACGUCAGUUCUAGCAGCGGUAUUUCCGCCAUUCUCAAGGUCAGCCCAACGAGACUAUUCAUGAAUUCAAGACAGGCCCAGGACUUCCUUCUGUUCCGAGAAAUUUGGAAGCCUCCCAGUGACCACUUCAAACGACCAGUACAAACCCAGGAACCAUCUCCGGAAGUCCAGGCAUAUAUGGUUCAGCGGUAUCAGCAAAUGGCAGCUACUGGGGCAUUCCCAUGGAACUCAACAUUGGCAAUAGACUCGCUGGACAUACAACUCGACCUGGGCCAAACAAUAGGCAAGGCAGAGUUUUCAAUAAAGAACCUCUGGUUAUCGUCAAAGAAGACUUCAGAUUGGGAGCAAAACCUGUGCAUUGGCUUUGAAGCCGUCUCGAUCAAAAACGAAGGGCGACUGACCGGGUUUGUAGAGCUCUCGAAGUUCAGGGUACGCACAUCUAUUGAAUGGCCUGGUGGUGUGAUCUCAGCUGGCCACACUCCUCUCAUCCAGGCGGCAGUUGGAAUUGGCAAGCUACAGGCAGAUGUCUCUUUUGAAUACCUACCAGUUAUCGUCGCCGACGUGACCUCAUUCGAAUUUUUCAUGUAUAAUGUCCGAGAGGAUGAAGGAAAGAGUAACGACCGUCUCGUUAGCAUGCUUGAAGGAGACAAACUGCAUGUUUUCUGUACUACUAUUACGGCUUCGCAGGCACUAGGUCUAUAUCAGACAUUCCAACGCUUGAUAGGGGAAAAGCGCAAAGCGUUCCAAGAAUCCCUAAAAGAGGUUGAAGAUGCCUUGCACAGGACAAAGCUCUCGCUCGGGGUAGCUCCUCAAAAGCCAGUGACGAGACCGACGAUCAAGGAUGAUAAAGAUGCUAUGAACCUACCAAUUUCCCUCCAAACAACCGUCGUGGUCAAGCUGCAUACUGUCACAGUCGGAGCAUUCCCAAAUACAUUCCGUGACGCGCAGAUUUUCCAAAUAGAAGCACUUGGCGCUGAAGCACGCUUUUCAGUUGGGAUUCAAGGCGGCAAGAUACACACCGGCCUCGGCCUGACGCUGGGGGAGCUCCGAGUUGCUCUGUCUAGCGUUGGUGGCGGCUCAGUGCCAGCAGAUGCAAAUGACUUGACGGUGGACCAGAUCGUGAGCCGUGCCACCAGUGCUCGAGGAGGAAUCAUCUUGAAGGUUCCCCGGGUGCUCUCCUUGAUGGAAACUUGGCAACAAGCUACAUCCAACCACAUCGAGUAUCGUUUCAGGAGCUCGUUCGAGGGCAAAGUCGAUGUUGGCUGGAACUAUUCUCGCAUCGCCUUCAUCAGAGGCAUGUGGAGCACCCAUUCCCGCGCUCUAGCAGCCCGGCUAGGCAAGCCACUCCCCCAAGCGGCCGUCCAGAUUACAGGCGGACCGAAGGGCGAGGGCGAAGAGGGCGAAUACAAUGGGCAAGAGAAGAUUACGGCUGUGGUAAAUGUCCCUCAGUCACGGUAUACAUAUACUGCGAUCUCACCACCAACAAUCGAGACACCGCAGCUUCGAGAUAUGGGAGAGGCCACGCCACCGCUGGAAUGGAUUGGACUGCAGCGUGAUCGACUACCUAAUCUUAUGCAUCAAAUCAUCAUCGUCACGUUGAUGGAGGUUGCAAAGGACGUGGAGGACGCAUAUUCGAAUAUUCUUGGUUCAUCAUGA